AUGGCACUAGCGAAGAAAAAGAAGUUGGCGAUCCGGCAGCGGAGGGAGCAGCUGAAGGAGCGGGAGAGGCUUGUCCAGAAAAGUCUGCGCUCUGCCGCGGCGGCUGAGGCAGCAGGGGACUUGGUGGAGUACAUUCUUCCCGAAGAAGAUUACGCGAUGGGCACCGCGCCGCCCUCGUCUACCACCGGCACUCCGCACGAUGCGGCCGCCACUAGUAACCCCAACGGCGGCAGCGGGAACGGCAACUUUGAUGUGGAGGACAAGGACCGUGUGCACUUGCCAUCUGUGACUGUGAAUGAGCCCACGAAGACGGUGGCGCGAGGGUCACGGCGCCGGCAGAAAAUUCCUUGGGAGUCGCUGAGGCUUUUUAUUGCCGAGCGGCACGGACCGGAGGUGAGCGCCCUCGUCACCGAACAUGACGGCAACGCAGAGGACCCUUACUUCACGGUGUUCCUCAAGUCCGUACGUCGCACCGUUCCCGUGCCGCGGCACUGGAACCAGCUGCGUGCCUUCUUGGUGAAUCAGGCAGACCGUGAGCGUGCGACGGACCUUGUACCGCCUGAAAUUGCCGCGCUCGGUGUGGAGCGAAUCCGUGCGACGAGGGACAAGAAGGCCAAUCCUGACCAGGUGGCCUUCGUGACGUGCUUUAUUUCGGGAACACCACUAAGGCGGAAGCAAUUUUAUGUGAAUCUCAGCCGGUUCGGGGAUAUUUACUACGAGGGGAAGUGGAUUCCAAAGAAUCACCAUGAGCCUGGGCAUCUCUCUCAACGCCUUCGCGCAGCAUUGGGCAUGGGUCCACACUCUCCUCCCCCGUGGCUGUAUGGCAUGCAGGCGAUGCGUCGUCUGCCUCCAGCGUAUCCCACAAUUAAGGUCCCCGGCCUCAACGCGCCCAUCCCACCCGGCGCACAGUGGGGCAACGGCGAGGGCCAGUGGGGACAACCGCCACGGAAUGAGAAGAAUACAUUUCUUUUCCCUGGGGUCAUGGAAGAAGUGGCCGCAGAGGAGACGCCACCAGUGUACUGGGGCACGGUUCCACCGUUGCUCACGAGCGAAACGACCUUGCAGCAGGGAAGUGUGGCGUCGCCGCCACCGACGACGACAACAACAGCAACUGCUGCAAAAAAACCAGCGGCGACGACAAAAUUGACCAUUACUCCCGUGCCGUUUCAUCCACAGGCCUACACACCCGUCACCGCGGCUCGAUACGUGGCGUCAGCUCCGCAGGAGUAUGUUCGUGUGCAGGAUAACACGGCGGGUGCAACUGUCGCUUUGGGAUCAAUAUUGGUGCCCAAAACCGCAGCCUUGUCAUCUUCAGUGCCGCCUGCAGCACCAUCAAAAGAGCCGCCCGAGAAGCGUACAAUGCCCACGCGCCCCCCUACAAAGUUCUAA